AUGGAUCUCAUCCGCUUCAACUCCGCCGUUCAGCCUUCCUCCUCCUGAAGCAGAUCUUCUCUUCCGCCAUGCUCCUGAUGAUGACUGCUCCUGCCCCGUCGCGUUUCAGGCCUCUUCCCGACCCACCACCAUGUAAGCUUUUUUGGUUUGAAUCUCUCUCUCCCACCAUUCCGCCGGACCCACCUGACCCUCCCGACGCUUCCUCUGUUCUCGCUCUGUUUCGUUUCCUCAACGCCGCCGCCAGCCUUUCAUCCCAUGCGUUUCCCAAAAUCCAAGAUCUGGAGUCUCAUUCGCCAAUUUUGACGAGUAAGAUGAGAGGCGGAGACACUCAUCACUUGUCUGUUGGUGUCUCAUCUUUUGUCUCUGGGCGUCGAUGUACUGCUGGAUGCAGUUUGUUAUACCACCGGCGCACAGUGUGGUCUCCUUUUCGAUCAUGUCCUGAUGUUCUCUUCCAGAUUGAAGAAACACUAUCUAUGAUAUUCCUUCUGUUGAAGCCGGUUGAGACGAGUACUUUUCUCUUGGGUGUUUCCUGUCUGGAGCAGUCUAUUUUCCUAAUAUUUCCUCAUGUAUGGAGCGAAUUGGAUGAACAAGCAUUGCUGGUAUUGCAAGGAUUUUCCUCCCAGCUAGUGCAUUUUUCUGCCUUUGAGGCAGUGAUUGUGACCCUUUGGGUUACACUGGAUGCAAUUUGUCAAAAAGCCUAUGAAAUUGUUGUUAUGCAGUUUUUAUGGCAUUCUUUUUAUAAUGGAAGUAUGGUUUGA